CCAAGACCCAUCUGAAUGGCACCCACUCUUUACCACUAUUACCUUUUGCCUGUGGACGACGACUCAAAGGUGCUAAUGCUGUCAGGCCGCAAGCUGCCAGUGUGGGUGGCGAUCCUGCUGAUCGUACUGUCGGUGGUUCUGUUUAUAACCACGAUCACCUUCGCUGUUAUGGCCUACAGCCCCGCUUGUAAGGAUGGCCACAGAAUGGAGCAGGAGUGGCGAAACAACACCCACAACCUGGAGCGCCAGCUGACCCAGGCCCAUGAAGUCUUACGGCAGACUGAGGCCUACGCUGCCGCUUGCAACCAGACUGCGGCAACCCUGAUGGCUUCCCUGGAGACAGAGAAGGCUCAGCGCCAAAAGCAGCAGGAGCUAGUGCAAGAGCUUCAAGGGGAGAACGCGGAGUUGAAGCAGAAGCUGCAGGACAUGACUGCAGAGCUGGAGCGACUAAGAUACAAUCAUAAAAACACCAGCAACUCUGGAAACGCCCUCGGCCUCUCGGUGGUCCCUGUGCUCCUAGCCCUGAGCCUCCCAGCGCUGCUGACCUGAGGCCCCAGGAAGCCAGCUGGCCACAACCUGGACUGGUUUCCAGCUCUGUUUCCCUGAUCUGGCCAGUUCUGAGGGGCCACAGGACGGCACGGUUCGGGGCAGGGGCGGUGGCGGGGAAGGGAGGGAGAUCCAAGGGGCAGGGGGUUG